GGCAGAUCGACGGGGAAGGACGCAGGAGCCGAGAACGGAAACCCUCGUGAACGGCGGCGGCGGCGGCGGCGAUGCCGCCGGAGAGGAAGAGGAUGGCCGGGCUGUGGGAGCGCGAGGUAGGCGGCCUCCCUCCCAGGCACUUCGCCAACGCCGUCAUGGCCUCCAAGGACUUUGUGCAAUCUCUCAGCAUACAAAAGAGGCUACGGAAGCACAGGGGCUGUGUCAACACGAUAAGCUUCAACUCAGAUGGGAGAUUCCUCCUCUCCGGGGCGGAUGAUCGGAACGUCGUGCUGUGGAAUUGGGUGGAGGCGGCACCGACCUUCUCGUUCCACUCUGGACACAGCAACAACGUGCUCCACGCGCAGUUCAUGCCCUUCUCGGAUGACCGGAGCGUUGUCACGUGUGCUGCUGAUGGUGAGGUCAGGCAUUCACAGAUACGGGAAGGGGGUUGCGCAACUACAGACAAACUUGUUGAGUUAGAUUUUGCGGUACACAGGCUGGCUGUUGAACCAGGAAGUCCGUACACAUUCUACUGCUGCUGUGAAGAUAGCUCUGUGUGGCUUUUUGACCUCAGGGGGAAAGAUGCCGUGGAACUCUUUAGAUGUAGGACUGCAGACCAUUUCACUGCUGACGACAUCGAACUCUUUGCUAUUGCCAUAGACCCAAGGAAGCCCUGUUGUUUUGCAGUUGCUGGAUCAGAUGAGUAUGUAAGGAUAUAUGAUACCCGCAAGAUUGGUCUUGAUGGAAAUUCUAAUUCCGGUCUCGCAACUGAGCACUUCUGCCCUCCACAUUUGAUUGGUGAAAACAAAGAUGGAAUAACUGGUUUGGCUUACUCACAGACCAGCGAGCUAUUAGCAUCCUAUAGUCAUGACAAUAUCUACCUUUUCUCAAGAGAGCAUGGUUUACACUUCAACAACAUUGAGGUAGAUGAACGACUCCUGAUGGAUGAAACUGGCCCCUUACCUUUUUGUAGAGAUAAGCUGCCUAUACCUAAGGCAUUCAAGGGACACACGAACCAACACACCAUUAAGGGGGUUAACUUCCUUGGGCCCAACUGUGAUUAUGUUACCUCUGGGUCAGACUGUGGCCGUAUAUUUAUUUGGAGAAAGAAGGAUGGGGAGCUGAUCAGAGUGAUGAACGGAGAUAGACAUAUUGUGAACUGUGUCGAACAGCACCCUUCUGGAAUUGUUGUUGCAAGCAGUGGCAUUGAUAAUGAUAUUAAGAUUUGGGAACCUGGUGAAGGUGAAACCCACUCCAUUGCUACUGAUGACAAGGUCAAGGAAGAUAUGUGGCUCUCCACCAGCAGUGAUUCUGAUGGCUUAAUUUACAACGGCGAUUUUGAUUAUGUGAUGGACUUGGAUGAUAUCUAUUUAUAUGGAAAUGCUGAUGGACAUUCAUCUAACGAAGAUGAAGAUGGAUCAUCAGAGGAAGAUGACGAUGGUGACAUCAGUGCCGAAGAAGAUGACGAUGGUGACGAUAGUGCUGAAGAAGGUGUUGAUGGUGAAAACAGUGCCGGAGAUAUGAGUGAUGGUUGACGACGACAUAACAGGCAAGGAAGAUUGCACUCAGCUAUUAGUUCAAGAGCUGCUGAUGCUGGUUUUAGUGUAGGUGAUGAUCUUGGGAGAAUCCAGGCUUACAACGUGAGCUAGUUAGGAUUCUCAGUAGUCUCUGCAUUUCGCCUGCUAGGCUACUGUUUGUUGUUCCUUUUCACUCUUAGUCUUUCAUUUUUCACCUGUAUAUAUUUUCUUCAGAAUUGGGAUAGUCUAGCAUCGUGGUGUAAAUGUGUGUAAAUGUCUCGUGAAAGCGAUUAUCCUUUAUCCAGUGAGAGAACACAUGCUAACAAGGCAGCCCUGGGCAUCAUGAUACUUGAUGUAA